CACAGUCAUUAAUGAAGCCUGCCCUGGAGCUGAGUGGAAUAUCAUGUGUCGGGAGUGCUGUGAAUACGAUCAGAUUAAAUGUGAGUGCCCUGGAAAGAAGGAAGUGGUGGGUUAUACCAUCCCGUGCUGCAGGAACGAGGAGAAUGAAUGUGACUCCUGCCUGAUUCACCCAGGUUGCACCAUCUUUGAAAACUGCAAGACGUGCCGAAACGGCUCCUGGGGGGGUACCCUGGACGACUUCUACGUGAAGGGCAUCUACUGUGCAGAGUGCCGUGCGGGCUGGUACGGAGGAGACUGCAUGCGAUGUGGCCAGGUUCUACGUGUUCCAAAGGGUCAGAUUUUGUUGGAGAGCUACCCCCUGAAUGCUCACUGUGAAUGGACCAUCCAUGCCAAACCUGGAUUUAUCAUCCAACUCAGGAUUGUUAUGUUGAGCCUGGAGUUUGAUUACAUGUGCCAGUAUGACUACGUUGAGGUCCGCGACGGGGACAGCAGUGACAGCCAGAUCAUCAAGCGUUUCUGUGGCAACGAGCGGCCAGCUCCCAUCCGAAGCACGGGCUCCUCACUCCACAUCCUCUUCCACUCAGAUGGCUCCAAGAACUUUGACGGCUUCCAUGCCAUCUUUGAGGAGAUCACAGCGUGUUCCUCGUCCCCGUGUUUCCACGACGGCACUUGCCUCCUCGACAGCACCGGAUCGUACAAGUGUGCCUGCCUGGCGGGCUACACCGGGAAGCACUGUGAAAACCUCCUUGAAGAAAGAAACUGCUCAGACCCUGGGGGCCCAGUCAAUGGGUACAGGAAAAUUACAGGAGGCCCUGGGCUUAUCCAUGGCCGCUAUGCAAAAAUCGGCACCGUCCUGACCUUCUUUUGUAACAGCUCCUAUGUUCUCAGUGGUAAUGAGAUGAGAACUUGCCAGCAGAAUGGAGAGUGGUCAGGGAAACAGCCAAUCUGUAUAAAAGCCUGCCGAGAACCAAAGAUCUCAGACCUGGUGAGGCGGAAAGUUCUUCCAAUGCAAGUUCAGUCAAGGGAGACGCCGUUACACCAGCUAUACUCAUCAGCCUUCAGCAAGCAGAAACUGCAGGAUGCCCCUACGAAGAAGCCAGUCCUUCCCUUCGGAGACCUGCCGCCUGGUUACCAACAUCUCCACACCCAGCUCCAGUACGAGUGCAUCUCACCCUUCUACCGCCGCCUGGGCAGCAGCCGGAGGACGUGUCUAAGGACUGGGAAGUGGAGUGGGCGUGCCCCGUCCUGCAUCCCUAUCUGUGGGAAAACCGAGAACAUCUCUGCUCCGAAGACCCAGGGCACGCGCUGGCCGUGGCAGGCUGCCAUCUACAGGAGGGCCGGCGGGGUGCAUGGAGGCAGUCUGCACAAGGAUGCCUGGUUUCUGGUCUGCAGCGGCGCCCUGGUCAACGAGCGCACCGUGGUGGUGGCUGCCCACUGCGUCACCGACCUGGGGAGGGUCACCGUGAUCAAGACAGCAGACCUCAAAGUCGUCCUGGGGAAAUUCUACAGGGAUGACGACCGGGAUGAGAAGAGCAUCCAGAGCUUGCGGAUUUCUGCAAUCAUUCUCCAUCCCAACUAUGACCCCAUCCUGCUGGAUACAGACAUUGCCAUCCUGAAGCUCCUGGACAAGGCUCGCAUCAGCACCCGUGUCCAGCCCAUCUGCCUGGCGGCCCCUCGGGAUCUCAGCACCUCCUUCCAGGAGUCCCGCAUCACCGUGGCCGGCUGGAACGUCCUGGCGGACACCAGGAGCCCCAGCUACAAGGACGAUGCGCUGCGCUCGGGGGUGGUGAGGGUGGCGGACCCGCUGCUUUGUGAGGAGCAGCAUGAGGAGCAGGGCAUCCCGGUGAGCGUCACGGACAACAUGUUCUGUGCCGGCCGCGACCCCACGGCCCCUUCCGACAUCUGCACGGCUGAGACGGGCGGCAUCGCGGCCAUGUCCUUCCCGGGCCGGGCGUCCCCGGAGCCCCGCUGGCACCUGGUGGGGCUGGUCAGCUGGAGCUACGACAAGACGUGCAGCCACAGCCUCUCCACGGCCUUCACCAAAGUUCUGCCUUUUAAAGACUGGAUCGAGAGAAACAUGAAGUGAGCCGCGGGCCCCUGGAGGAGCAUUUCUGUGCAGCCUUCCGUGUACUGUCAGCCGGGGCGGUAUGGACCCAAAGUGGGAUUCCGCCCGUGAAUUUGGCUAUGCCCGGGCUUCGGAUUUCAAAACCAGUGGAGGGCAAGUCGAGCUUACUUUCUGGUAGGCCACUGUUUCCCUGACUGCUGGGGUCCUGGGAAGAUUCUCACGCUGCUUACAAGAACUCAGUUUCUUCCAAAGAGACGAUGUGAGUGGCAGGGAAAUUCACCCCAUUCAACCAACCCAGUGGCCUUCCCUGCCCGCCUUUUAGUGCUGCAGAUGCCAUGGUCAGCUCUGGUCGAGAGAAAGUCAAGACCGGAUUCAUCAGGUCUCUUCCAAGGCUCCAACCAGACCAACUUCCAAAGAGCCACUGGCAGGCCAGCCCCAGACAGCAAGCCUGACUGUGGCACUGGCCAUAUCACAGAGUGGUCUUUUUCCUUCCCAGUCGCCUGUACAUACUUUAAUAAAACCAGGGUUGGCUUCUGACCCACGGAACACA